UGACGAGUGGGGCGGCGUGACUGAGCUACCGGGUAUUGCUGUGUCCUAGAGGCAUCAGGGGCACUAAAACCGCGGUGACCGCGCAGGCGGCGGCCAGGCCGCGAGGCCCGUGGGGUAGAGGUGGCAGACGCAGGAGCACUGAGCCGGCUUCUAGCCCCGGUACAGGUGCCAUGAAAGUCUUCCUUGCUUUCUGUGUUGUCCUUUUGGUGUUCGGGAGUGUCUCUGAAGCUAAGUUUGAUGAUUUUGAGGAUGAGGAAGACAUAGUAGAGUAUGAUGAUAAUGACUUUGCUGAAUUUGAAGAUGUCACAGAAGAUUCUGUUACUGAAUCUCCUCAACGGGUGAUUACCACUGAAGAUGAUGAAGACGAGACCACUGUGGAGUUAGAAGGGCAGGAUGAAAACCAAGAAGGAGAUUUUGAAGAUGCAGAUACCCAGGAGGGAGAUACCGAGGGUGAGCCAUAUGAUGAUGAAGAAUUUGAAGGUUAUGAAGACAAACCAGAUACUUCUUCUAGCAAAAAUAAAGACCCAAUAACAAUUGUUGAUGUUCCUGCACACCUCCAGAACAGUUGGGAGAGUUAUUAUCUAGAAAUUUUGAUGGUGACUGGUCUGCUCGCCUACAUCAUGAACUAUAUCAUUGGGAAGAAUAAAAACAGUCGCCUUGCUCAGGCCUGGUUUAACUCUCAUAGAGAGCUUUUGGAGAGUAACUUUACCUUAGUAGGGGAUGAUGGAACGAACAAAGAAGCCACAAGUACAGGAAAGCUGAACCAGGAGAACGAGCAUAUCUACAACCUGUGGUGUUCUGGUAGAGUGUGCUGUGAGGGGAUGCUUAUCCAGCUCAGGUUUCUCAAGAGACAGGACUUACUGAACGUCCUGGCCCGUAUGAUGAGGCCAGCAAGUGAUCAAGUGCAAAUAAAAGUAACCAUGAAUGAUGAAGACAUGGAUACCUAUGUGUUUGCUAUUGGUACUCGGAAAGCCCUGGUACGACUGCAGAAAGAGAUGCAGGAUCUGAGUGAGUUUUGUAGUGACAAACCUAAGUCUGGCGCAAAGUAUGGACUGCCAGACUCCUUAGCCAUCCUGUCAGAGAUGGGAGAAGUCACAGAGGGAAUGAUGGAUACAAAGAUGGUCCACUUUCUUACACACUACGCUGACAAGAUUGAAUCCGUUCAUUUUUCAGACCAGUUCUCGGGUCCAAAAAUUAUGCAAGAAGAAGGUCAGCCUUUAAAGCUACCUGAAACUAAGAGGACACUACUGUUUACAUUUAAUGUGCCUGGCUCAGGUAACACUUACCCAAAGGAUAUGGAAGCUUUGCUACCCCUGAUGAACAUGGUGAUUUACUCUAUUGACAAAGCCAAAAAGUUCCGACUCAACAGAGAAGGCAAACAAAAAGCAGAUAAGAACCGAGCUAGAGUGGAAGAGAAAUUCUUGAAGCUGACACAUGUGCAAAGACAGGAAGCUGCACAGUCCCGGCGUGAAGAGAAGAAAAGAGCAGAGAAGGAGCGGAUCAUGAAUGAGGAAGAUCCUGAGAAACAGCGCAGGCUCGAGGAAGCUGCCUUGAGACGUGAGCAAAAGAAAUUGGAAAAGAAGCAAAUGAAAAUGAAACAAAUCAAGGUGAAAGCCAUGUAAAGUCAUCCCAGAGAUCUGAGUCCUGCUGCCACCUAUAAGCUCUGUAUUCACAGGGAGCGUUAAAAAUAUCAGUCCAUUUCUCAUCGGAAAGUUUAAACACUCCCAAUGACUUAGAAAUCCUUAUCAUCAUCUGUUCUGUUUUUGGUUUGGAAUUUACAGAAGUUAGAAAUACAUUGGAAGGACUCUGUUUCAGUAAUUUCUUCCAGAUAAUCACAUUAUUUUGAUUAUUUUACAAAAGGAAUGAUACAUGAACUCUGUAGUUUUAAAAUUCUUUUAAAAUUAUAACAUGAAUCAUCAGUGCUUUUAGUGCUAUUAUAUUUGAAAAAAUAUCAUGAAUUUAUAGAUAAACAAUUAGAUUAUUGCUUUUUGUUUAAACUAGGCAGUUGAAAUGGCUAUAAAGAAUGACCCUAAACCAAGAUUCCACAAAUAACAAUAAACAUUGCUUAUUUUCUUGUGUGUCUACAUUAAACUUGUAAAAAAAUAAAACUUAGAACACUA